AUGUUCACAAGUCGAUAUAUCUGUAAUCGCUCCAAAUAUAUAAGAUUUAUAAGAGUGGUCUGCCGGCGCUACUCUUUGAAACCUGUUGUGGGUAAAAAAUUCACUACAAUUGAUCAGGUGAAAGAAUAUAUGUCAAAGGAGACUUGGUCUGUCGCUGAGUACUUGGACUCUUCUGCUAUUGAGAAAGAUGCGUUGCCCUCCAGAGAGACUGCCUUGAGGGUACUGAAAUUGUCAGGACUGCCAAGUGAGGGAAGCGACAUAGACGUGAUACGAGGGAAAUUAGGGAAGCAAUUGCUGCUCAUAAACAAGCUGCAUAGUAUCCCGUUAGAGGACAAAAAUAUUGAUGCCAAGGAUGCCCGUAUUAUGCCAAGGCAUGGAGUGCCGCUAACCUACGAGAAACUCGUCGCAACGAUCGAGAGCCAAAAAAAGAAUCCAGAGACUGGUGAAUUGGAUGAUUCAUGGGAUAGUACAGGAUUAGCCAAGCUGAAGAAGGAUGGGUAUUUAGUGGUAAGAGGUGGAUUAAUUACAAAUAGAGACUAA